AUGGUGGUUUUCACCUGCAACGCAUGUGGGGAAGCUGUGAAGAAAGCACAGGUUGAAAAGCAUGUGAACAUCUGCAGAAACUGCCAGUGCCUGUCUUGCAUGGAUUGUGGCAAGGAUUUCUGGGGUGAUGACUAUAAGGAACAUGUGAAGUGUGUAAGUGAAGACCAGAAAUAUGGUGGAAAAGGUUUUGAAGCCAAAAUUCACAAAGGAGAUGCUAAACAGCAAGAGUGGAUUCAGAAAAUCCAUGAAGUGCUGAAGAAGCCCAGCAUAAGCCCCAAAGUGAGGAACAUCCUGGAGCAGAUGCGUGCCUUUGAUAACAUUCCAAGGAAAAAAGUAAAGUUUCAG